AUGGAUAACAUAAUCGGGGAGGAUAAUGAAUUUACCGUGUCCGGUGCAGGUGUUACCGCCUAUUUGGACCUACUGGAAAAGUCAUGUUCUUGUAGGGAAUAUGACUUGAUCAAGAUACCUUGUGCUCAAGCGAUGGCCGCUUUACGAUUGAAGCAUGACAACGAGUAUGGUAUGAGCAUUUAUGACUACUCUUUUCCUUUGUAUAAAGUUGAAUUGUACCUCCUUGCAAUCUUAGAUUCUAUUAAUGUUGUCCCUCUCGAGUCAGAAUGCUGUGUUCCAGAAGAGUUGCUUAAUGUGAAGACUCUUCCGCCGCUUGUCAAUACCAAGUGUGUAAGAAAACGUGUCAAAGGUGUCGGUGAGAAUUUCAUGAGAAAGAGAAGGAACAAAUGUUCAAUUUGUAAGAGAACCGGACACAAGAGAACUACAUGUGUGAACAACAACAAAUCUUAA